UUUUAUCAUAAACGAUUACCAAAGUUUAAAAAUAAUUUUAAAUUACGUAAUCAGGAAAAUACUUAAUUAACUUUAAUUUGAUACUCAAACAUUAAUAAUGGAAGACAAUGUAGAAACCCAAAAUCAGGAUCAGAAAACUGAGACAACCAAAUUCAAAGUUGCAGGAUGGGGUUACCGACACCAGCAGUGUUUUAUAUUAUUCUGCACCCUCACCAUAGCUUACAGCAUGAGAUCCUGUAUGGGGGUCGCUUUGGUCGCCAUGACGGACUUCGAAGAUAAAGGAAAUGAUAGCAAGCCUCUGGAAUUCAAGACUGAAGGUGUUUUGAAUUCCUUGAUGGUGGUAGCACCUUACCCAAUCUUCAACUGGGAGAAGAAAGUCCAAGACACGGUGAUAGCGUCAUUCUUCUGGGGCUACAUGCUGCUGCAGAUCCCUGCUGGUCACCUCGCUCACAGGUUUGGCACCAGGUACCUGCUCACAGGCGCUAUGAUGAUCAACUGUGUGGUUUCCAUCCUCUUUCCCAUCGCUACUUAUUAUGGUGGCUGGGUACUCUCAGCUAUAUGCAGAGUGUUGCAAGGUCUGAGUCAAGCAUGUAUUAUGCCCGGUUUGCACACAGCGUUAGGGAAGUGGGCACCCUUGCAUGAGAGGGGCAGAAUGUCUGCCUUUGUUUACGGAGGUCAAGCUCUAGGUACAGUAUUUGGGCUUCCAAUAACAGGCUUUAUAGCAUCGUCUCCAAUGGGCUGGCCUGGAAUCUUCAGGUUCUACGGUGUCGUCUCAGGCAUGAUUGGGUUCCUUCUGUGGUUUAUGGCUGCCGAUGCACCGGCACAGCAUCCCAAGAUAUCAGCUGCCGAGAAAAAGUAUAUUGAGGAUGAGUUGGGAUCUAGUGACAAGAACAAGCGCAUGGCAGUUCCAUGGGGGAAAAUUUUACGUCACAAAGGACUAUACGCCAUUAUAAUUUCACACGUAGGACACACUUGGGCACAAAUAACUUUGUACUCAGAAGUUCCCGCGUUUAUGGACAAAGUCAUGGGAGUUAAUAUAAAAGCGAAUGGUCUCCUGACUGCACUGCCGUUCCUGGUGAUGUGGUUCACUAACUUCUUCUUCAGCUGGAUGACAGACAUGCUGAUUGUAAAGAACAUAAUGAGCGUCACAAACACUAGAAAGUUUGCGAAUUCAUUGGGUAAUAUUCCAGCAGCUAUUGGACUUAUCUCCUUAGCUUACGCACCCAAAAAUAUAUACAUCGUAGAAGCCAUAUUAGUUUUCACCUGCGCUUUCAAAAUAGCUGCUCAUUUGGGUUUCCAGGUAAACCACAUCGAUAUAGCGCCUAACUAUGCAGGCACUAUGAUGAGCUUGAGCAAUUUCAUAUCGAACCUUUGCUCAUCUUUCUGUCCUAUUGUGACAGGCUACAUACUUACUGACGUUACUGACAGAAAUCUCUGGAAGCAGGUAUUCUUUGUGUCAGCUGGGAUGUACCUUAUCACAAAUCUAGUAUACGUUGUAAUCGGUACUGCUGAGAAAGCUGACUGGAAUGACCCACCACAAGAACCACAUGUUGAUGAAGAGAGUCAACCCAUGGUGGAGAAACUUAAUGGAAAUGGAAUUAAGGAGAAGGAAGAAUCACAAUGUUAAGAAAAUAAGAGAUUUUUUAGUAAAAUUGUUAAUGACUGAUAGAAUUAGAUAUAGCGACCGAGGUGUCGUAGGUUUAUUUUAAGAUUUAAAAAUCAAUCCAAGAUUAUUCCAUAACGCAAUAAAAUCAAUAGCUGCCUUGCAUGAAUGACUAUUUGGUGGCUAUAAAUAAAAUCAUUUAAUUUGUAGUGAAUUAUAUUAAUUAGAAUUGUUUGAAACUAUACGUAUGUUUAGAAAUAAUUUCUUAGUUAUAAUGUGAUGUCAUGAAGCUUUGUAUUU